AUUCUUGCUCUAGUACAGAGGUGGAUGACUUGAGGAAGUUGAUUGAAGUGCAAGCACGAGAAGAAAGCGACAAUGUAGAUGGCGUUCUCAUGCACGGAGAAAAAAAACAAUAUUCCCACGAUCGAUCAACACCUCGCAGGCAAAAGGUUAAGCGGGAGAAUAAUAAUCUACAGGUGAGUGUCGAGAUAGCAUAGGGCGAAUCAAGAAAGUUUCACAAGGCAAGAGUCGACACGACAAUGGCAAGCCGGGUGGUUUACAAGUUUCAAAAUGUUGAGAAGUGGCAGAGAUUGGAGGAGUGCCUGAAUAAACUUGGUCACUGGCACAACGGUCAGAAGGCAUCUCCUAAUUUUGCAGCCCCUGGCAUGAGAUCUUGCAUAUUGUUUGAUUUAUACGCUGGCGCCUCUUCUCACUUGCAAUUUCUCGCUUGGCUCAGGUUGGCGGGCGAUAAAUCAGAGCUCGGGAGGUACGGGCUUGGUUUAUCGUCUGCCGAUCUACGUCGGGAUAGCGCAUUUUGUUUGCACAGCUCAAUAGCACAGCUCAAAAACAUUGUAGCUUACGUAUUAUUAGAUUGUGGCUCACGUAUUGUUAAAAGCACAAUACAUAUAACCGUCAAAUUAUACGUCUACACAAUACUAUUCGUGAGGAAGUGCGGGGGCAGAAUAUUAGGAGAGCUGUCGAUGUUUCUGACCUUUCCGAAAGUCGUGAAAGAGUAGGUGUAGUUACGACAGCGCACAAAUGUGUGUCUAUCAUGUAACACAUCCAUGGACACUUUCUAACAAGCAAGGAGUGAAAUAAUAUCGAUGAUGUCUAAUUCUAACAUUUUGUGAUCGUGGACAGGCCAUGCCAUAAAAUGGACAGAUUAUUAGAAAUUGUAAUAAUUCUCAUCAUUGACACUACUUACGUUUUUGCACUGUCUCCACCAGCACAGAAAAGUCUAACGUAGAGAAGAAACAUAGGAGACUGGCGCCAUAUCAUUUGUCCAACGUAUAGACGUCAGCAGGAGAAAAGAUUUAAUGUUUACGCGCUCUGUUAAUUAAAAAGCCAUUGUCAAAUAGAAGUUUCAGGCUCGUUCAAAACCUCGUUGCCUUUCGAGGAAAAGACAAAAGGUUGCAUGCUCUAUAAUCUUUGUAGAUAUUUUGCAGGAUAAUUUGCGAACUUGACAUGCGAGAAAUCCACUUAAAGUGGGGCAAGUGGCAUGUACCGCCGAUCGGCAAAUCGAAGAUCAUUUUCGAACUUGCAUCCACUCUUCACUUUGUUUUCAAAUUAUCUCCACG